AUGCUUUCAAACAACAUUCGAUUGCCACCAGCCUCGGAGGGCGGAUCAGGCCCCUGGGUGGGCGAUCACGGCGUCAGGAUCCUCAACCCAGCCACCUUCACCGAGGCCAUCAUGAUGCUCUGGAUCCGCGAACGGGCUGUGCAGGAGUAUGAUCUGGCAAGCAUGUGGGCUUUCUUCCUACAGGCGCUUUGCGACUACCCGGGCGGGAGUGGUGUGCAGAAGAAUGUCCGGCCCAAGUUCAAGGACGCUUGGGACCGCCACAACGGGAGGGGUGAGGAUCCCGAUGAGAAUGUCUGGGAUGCGUUGAUCGAGAUGCGCGACAGGCUUGCCUGCGCCGGUGAACUCGGUCCGUUGGUCGAUCCAACCACUUGGCAGCCCCCUGCGCUUUGA